CAGCUCAUAAGCAAAUGCAUGUAAUUUAUACUUCACUUUUUAGGAAUACUAUAUAUCAUGCCAUUUUUUUCAAAUCACAAAUUGUAGGUGCUUAUCAUGAAUGUUUUUUAUGUUUUUUUUUUGCAGAUUUUGCACUGUAGUCCGGACAACAUAUAUACAUCGCCAAAAUAAGAAGUGAAAAAGAUAUCACAUAAUCAUUACAAACAACCAUGACUGAAGGACACUAAGUAUAAGAUGCACAAGCAAUACACACAUGAACUAGAAAGAGAUUAAUAGAAUGAUAGGAAGAUAUGCAUUUUCACCACAAAUAGAUAUCCAUUGCACUUAUACCAAAUAAAGAAUGUAAACUUUUAAGGACACCUUUACACCUCAACGACCACAAGAGAUAAAGUAAAUGGUUGGAAAAUACAACUUUACACCAUAAACAGACUCCAUUGAAGUAGUGACAAAGAAAAGGUAACCUUUUGAAAGUGUAUAUAGCAUAUACGAAACGCAAUUGUACAAACACAAAGCAUGAAUAAUCCAACUAGUAACAUACUCUCACCCACUUAAUCAUUGCAAUUGUCAUACACAAGUAAUAUCUAAUAGAACCAGAAAUUGUUAGGUAGUCUAUCUUUACCAAAGCAACCAAUUAUAGAAAAGCAUAAAGACGGUGAACGACGAACCGACUAUAGCUACGGGAUGAAAAGCAAAUAUUGCAUCAAGCGUGAACACAAGCGUGAAUUUGCUGUUGCACUGAAUUAUUUAAUUGUUUUAUAAUAAAAAAUACAUGGACUGAACGGCUCAACAAUGUGAGGCAUAAACCCUUUUUUAUAAGACGGUGGAAAAGGUGCCUACAUAUAGCUAAAAAGAAUAGCAAGAAGCCAUAACAAGUUAAUCAACAAGCAACAACCUUUCUAUUUUCUUUAGUUUCCCUUGUUCUUUUCAACAAACUGACCUCUUGGUUCCUAUAAAAACUGUUGUACAUGAUGCCCAUCCUGACCAUCAUCAAUUGUGUUUCCAGAGUUUGUUCUAGUAUUUCAAGUUCUUUCAUAGCUCUAAUCAACUAAUAAGGUACAACAUCUAUCUUGCUACUCUCAAAACUAGUUUGUGUAGGAGCUUGUUUCCAUAGUAUCUUACAUCUUCUAUUCAACCAAGUGUGUUUCUUGCAAAGUUGUCUCUUUCUCUAUGAUAGUGGCAUAUUAGUUAUAAGGUGUUAGUUCAAUCAAUAGUUCAUUUUUGCAUUACAGUAUCAGGAGUGAGCAAUAGCUAAAUAUGUGUGUCACAUAUCUAGGUACACAUAUCAAGACUAAGGAUGAAAGAAACGGACCAUCCUAUUGACAUUCAUCCAUCAUCAAAGGGGUCAUUGCCUGAGUCUGAGCAACGGUUGAAAGAGGAUUUUUGGAAGAAGAAACAAGAAGAAGCUGAGGAAAUCAAGGACUUCCAUGAGUAUGAAUUUCCCAUGAGCCGUCUCAAGAAGGUCGUUUGUGCUAAGAAGGGUAAAAUGAUGAUGAGCUUUGAUACACCAUCCUUCCUAACAAAGGCAUGUGAGAUUUUUGUGCAAGAACUUUCAUUUCGUGCUUGGAUGUGUGCAAAUUCCCAUCAACGUAAAAUCAUAUUGGACUCAGAUAUUGCUGAGGUCAUUGCCUCCCUUAAGUCAUAUGAUUUUCUAAACGAUGUUCUACACAUUGAUCAGGAGGAGCACAGCUCUACUCCUCCUUUGAAGUCUGCUAAGAUGUGCCAUCAUAGCUUGAUUAUUCCUUUGCCACUAACAGAUGAUUGUCCCAUGACUUUACCCUUGCCAUAUCUGCUGCAAGAAGCUUGCCCCUUGAUGCCAACUACAAUAACUCCCCCACCGACUAUGAGUGAACCACCAACUAUGAGUGAAAUGAAUGCACAUAUGACUUACAUGGCUGGGGGUAUCGGGUUCGUUAAGAAUGGUAUUAGCAACAAUACUACUACUUUAGUACCUCCAAGAGCACAACCAAAUAUCCCAACUACUUGUGACAUUAGCACAAUUCCUUCUACUUCUUCCUAUUGUGUUGAUUAUGAUAGCACUAGUAAUGUUGGUGAUCAAGAUGGAGAUGCAACAUACUCUCAUAUUCCUCCAUCCUCUUUGCAAAUCUCACCUCCUUCACAGAGAGCUAAUAAUAGUGGCCCCAAUGCUAUUGGUAUCAUCGAAUCAAAUCAUAUCAAACCGAAGGUUGCACAAAUCAGAAGUAACAUAGAUGCUCAUAUCAAAACCAAUGCCAUUAGUGGCAUCAAUAUUGAAGCUACAAUCAAUACCAAUGAUGUUCAACAUCAACAUGGAAGCUUAGAAGUUGUUUCUGCUACUAAAUUAAGUGAUGACAACAAGAAUAUCAACUGGGAUGAAGUUGACAUGGCCGAUGAUUCCUUGCUGAUCGAGUUUUGGGAGGAUGUCAUGAUGAAGGAAGACAUUACACCUCAAGAGGUUCCUUCUCAUGUGCCAGAAAUUGAGGGAUCUGAUCAUGGACCAUAUCUUAUUGAUGACAUCAUAUCUAGUGCAUCCAGAAGGCGUAGCUAGAUCGAUCAAAGGUGGGAGAAAGGAGAAGGAUAUUAGUAUGUAGUGAUGACCAGCAUGUUUUGCCUCCAUAUAUAUACGUGUGUGGUAUGGUUUGUAUCAUGCUUUCUUUCCAUAUAUGUAAAAAUUUAUAUUACAUAUUAUCCUAACCCUAAACCCUAAUAUAUAUGCUUGUUCUUGUUUGACA